AUUUACACCUAAAUAAUAGCAUGUGUUGAACGUAACCUCAAAAUUUAGCCACUAUUAUUAAUCGCGUGUACUUUCAUAAGUGAGAUAGAUCUAGAAAAAUUGGGCGAAAAUGAAAACGGUAUCGCAUGAGGGAAAUUUAUUGAUAUUUCAUGGCAGUAAUUUUCUGAAGCAAAGAUUAAUUUUGUCAAUUCUGAGUGGAAAAUCGGUGAACAUUGUAAAUAUUCGUAGCCAAGACGAUGCACCCGGUUUGCGUGGAUAUGAAGUCAGUUUGAUUCGAUUGUUCGAUAAAAUUUCGAAUGGUUCUGAAAUUGAUAUAAACAAAAGCGGCACUUCGAUUCUAUUUAAGCCUGGAAUUUUGAACGGUGGUGUCAUUCAUCAUGAGUGCAACUUGGAACGGGGAAUUGGUUACUAUUUGGAUGUUCUUCUUGCUCUCGGUCCAUUCUGCAAAAUUCCAAUCAAUGCCACACUUCGCGGAAUCACAAAUAGCAAAGACUGUCCGUCUGUGGAUCACAUUAAAAGUUCAGCGUUGCCAAAUCUAUUGAAAUUCCUAGUUGUUGACGAAGGCCUUGAGCUUAAAAUAAAACAACGUGGCAUGCGACCAUUGGGUGGCGGUGAAAUUCAAUUCAAAUGUCCCGUACGAAAAACAUUGCGAUCAUUACAACUUGCAAAGCCAGGAAUGAUUAAAAGAAUUCGUGGUAUUGCGUACACAUCAAAAGUGUCACCAGCAUUAGGCAAUCGAGCCAUUGAAAAGGCAAAAGGAAAACUAUUGGAGUAUAUACCCGACAUUUACAUUUAUGCCGACCAAAGUAAAGGCAAAGCAGCCGGUAAUAGUCCAGGGUUUGGAAUUAAUCUAGUCGCAGAGACAACAGAAGGCGUUUUCUACAGUGCUGAAAAUGUAUCGAAUGAUGUUUCAAUGGGUGAAACGGUGACGAUACCCGAAGACCUUGGACUAAUGGCAGCCUGUAAAUUAUUGGAAGAAAUUUAUCGUGGUGGUUGUGUCGAUUCAACGUUUCAAUGGUUGACCGUGCUGUACAUGGCUUUAGGACAAAAAAAUAUUUCCAAAUUCGUGACCGGACCACUAUCAGACUAUACAAUUCAUUUUCUACAACAUUUACAUGAAUUUUUUGCCAUCACAUUUAAACUGGAGAAUCCAAAACCAGAAGAUUUCGGUGGUGUUGAUGAAGACGAUAUGUUGCCUGGAGCAAAAAAAGUUUUGUUAACAUGUAUUGGUGUGGGAUACACCAAUAUGAAUAAACGAACAAAUUAAAAUGAUUGCCAACCGAAAA